UUGUUUGUAACUACUUUGUGUAACUGCACCAAUGCAGUUAUUUGUUUCUUUUGAGGUUGUGUAGGCUACUCUAUGAAAACUUUCUCGACAAGGAUAAUCUGUAGAAUCUAUAUCAGCUGGGUCUGAAGACCCAUGCCAUCAGCAGUGCCAAACACACUUGUCACAAAUUCAAAGUUUCUGGAUAUUGAUCCAGACACUCUUAUCGUUUUGCUGCUUUGGUUUACAAAGAGUAGGUUUGGGCUGUUUAGGACUUGGGAUGACACUGGUCCAGUAAAACUUGGAACUCAACGUUGGGCCUGGGGUCUGCUGGUGUUUGACUGUGACUGUGAAGUAUGAAGUUGUGAACUUUCAUUCCUUGAAACCGGUGCAUGAUGGACUUUGUUGACCUAGACAAAGUUUUAGAUGAGUUUGAAGAAGAAGAAAAAGCUGCUCUGUCCAUAGUCCCAGGUCAGGAGCUGAAACCGAGUGGCUACAUCGAGUUCCUGCAGAAGCAUCAGGAGCAAGACUGGGCCUCCCUGCAGCAGGAAGAGGCUCUCUCCUCCACGACAAGUGGCUUCUCUCCGGAGGGACCGCCCAGUGAUGGUCCACCCUCCAGUAUUGCCUACGAUGAUCCGUUUGAGGGAUUUACUCAUGGCAAGUUAGGUUUCAUUCAAGAGCCACAGCUGGACAGUCUCACUCACAACGGUUUUGACUCCCUUCCUGCGGACAAGGUGGGCAAAAAUAAAAGCGAGCUCGUGACUAGUCUGACCUCCAUCGGCAGACAGGAUAUCGUGGUGAAGAAUGUUCUCAAGCGGAGUACUUCUGAGCACAAAGGUACGAUCGCAUCGCAGACGAUGGAGGUGCAGACUGACGCCCUCUCACCGGCCAGCGAGGAGGAGCUGAUGUCCUUGCCCUUUCCCCGCUCGGACAUUCUCGUGGACGGCCACGGCGACACGACUGUUGCCAGCACCGUCAGUGCCACCACGGACACUAAAGCGGAAAAUGAAAGCGACCAGAAUCAAAGCCCUAUUUAUGCAAGUGUCGAUUCUGAAACCCUAAUACCAGGCGCCGGGGAAACUGUGCAAUCCUCACCCUCUUCUCAAUCCUCGUACCAAAACGGGGACACGCACUCGUCCACGGGAGAGCACACUGUAACUCCCGCGCAAGGCGAAGAUUUGAAUACAGCUUUGAGCAAACCAGAGGUCGGUAGUGACUCCGGAAAUAGUGCAGCAGAAGUCGUGAAUGGCUUUCCCGGGAAAACGUUCCCGGUUUCGGAGCAGGCUGUCGGGUUCCACGACCCGGUGGACGAGGACUUGGACGAUAACGAGCUGAACAUGUACCUCAAUGAACUUGACGGGGGCUCAAUGGAGGAUUUCAGUGCUUUGAAAGCUACCAAUGGAAACAAUGGCCCGGUUAGUGGAACGAGUCCUGAGAGCAGCGUGGCGCCAUCUGUCCCAGACAUUCAGACUGAACUAAGUCAGAGUUCUGGUCUGAAAACUCGCAGCCUUGCCGACGAGAUGAGAGAAGCAGACUCCAUGGGACCCCCCUCAGAGUCUUUCAUGUCGGGUGUUAGUUCUGUUCCUGACGUUGACACAGCGUCGCAUUUUCAAGACCCAGAUCUUGUGGCAGAUCUCGGCUUAAACACUCGGCAAGAAAAAGUUUCAGAACUCGAUGAUGGCCAAGUGAGUAGCUUGGGUUCCUCCACAAAUGAUAAAGACACCUUGUACAAUUCUCUUUCUACAGGAAAAAUGGAAAUUGAGGAAAUUCUCGAUGAGAAAGUGAAGGAGGAAAUGUUACCUCCAACUGCUGUGAGUAUUGGUGAGUCGUUGAUCCAAGGGAAGAUGGAGAUUGAAAGAGUUCUCGACGAGGUCGUGCAAAACCAACAGAAUAUGCCGGAGCAGGAGUUGCGUCCUGGAGUGUUGCAGACAUGCAAAGAUGCUGAUACGAUAUCUAGUCAUGGACAGCCGGAUGUCACAAAGGGGCAUGUGAAGACCUCUGGGCUGGAGUCUGUGAAAGGAAACGUUACAACAGAGUUGUCUCCUCCUCCUCCCUCCCAGGAGUCUCACAUGACCUCGAUGUACUCGGCGCCGAACGUCGCAGACAAAGGCAGUCCCACGAUGUGUAUGGGCAUCGGGGCUCGACCGAAGGACCCAGCGUUCAUCAAGAAGAACCGGCCCAACAGUCUUCACGGUCUGUCCAAGAUCAACCUCGAGUCCCCGUCCUUUGUCAAACACUCAGAGUUCAGUGAGGACGAGGAUCCUUCCUCCUUCAAUAGCAACCUGCCAAAAACAACGAAAUUCUUGCCCAACGCGGGCUCCCCCCAGUUCUCUGACGGGACAGUUCCUCAGGAGACAGAGCAGGGUGGGGGUCUCUUCACUCCGCCCUCCAUGGGGGAAAUAUCGGCAGAAUCGAGACAGAGAAUGUUUGCAAAGAGCGACAGCCCUGUUCUUUCUCGAGACCUUGACCCUCACUCUCCACAGCACGAUGGGUCGAACUUGAACUCGGAGUCUUCUCGGGAGGGCUCCACUGAGGACCUCCACUCGGCCGCCGGCAGUCUCAACGCCCUCAGCGGCUCUCGGAUGAAGAGGCCGACGACUCUCAACCUCCCGGUUCGACCGGAGUUCAAUAUGGACCACGAUGAAGGGACUGAAGUGGAUGUAGGGCAGGCUGGAGACCAGGCCCCGGUCGCCUCAGAGCUGCCUCAGGAUGAAGUCCCCUUUGAGGGCGGCCUGCAGGAAGAGGAAGAGAGGCAAAGGGCGGCGGGUGCUGCUUGUGGCGCCGAGGGGCUGGACCAGAGCGAGGCCAGCCAGGCAGCCUUGUCGGCCUCGAUGGUGCACAGCGACAUCGGUAGCGUGGCUCCGUUCUGGAUUCCGGACGCGGAGGCCCCGGCCUGUAUGCUGUGUCAGGCCAAGUUCACAAUGUGGAAGAGACGACACCACUGUCGGGCGUGUGGCAAGGUGCUGUGUGCAACCUGCUGCAGUCAGAAAGCCUUUCUGCCCUACAUGGAGAACAAAGAAGCUCGGGUCUGCGUGGAGUGCCAUGAUCAGAUCAAUUCAGCCCACAGCAGCGGUGCGGCCCCCCGCUCUCCUAACCCUAACAAGCCCAAUGAGUACUGCUCUAAAGUCCCCCCCAGCCAGCAGGCUAGUCAGCACAUGGGCGGCCCGCCCACUGUCAUGGUCCCAACUGGCGUGCUCAAAACCUCAGGAAGUCAGCGUCGGUCUGGGGAGCCCAAGCAGGUCAUGUUUUCUGACGGCAUUCGACCUGGAGGUGACCUCACCGAGCUGGACGGGCCGGACCAGUCAAGGUCACGCCGAAGAAAAGCUGCCAAAAAGGCUGUUACCCCUCCUAAUGCAAAUCCCGUCAAAAAGACGCGAGAGGAAAGUUUGUUAAGAAGUCCUUGUCUAGUCCCGGAGGUGGGUCUGCCUCCGCUGUACAUCACACAGGAUGAAACAGGGUUUGUGGAGACUGACGAGAUGCUGAACCAGCUGGACUACACGGCGGACUACAAAGCGGAGACGGGACCUGCAAUAUCCUACGCUGUGAACAAAAAUCUCUCUGUUGCUGUCAAGAUAAUUAACUUGGACUGCUGUGUGAGCCGGAUCUGCUGGAGUUUUGUGAGUCGCGGGAUGUGCACGGCGGGGCAAAGCGAGGUGGCCAUCUUGCUGGAGCUGACAGAAGAGGAGGCGGUCAGUGAGAGCGUCACGCCACCACGAGAUAUUUUCUUACAUCUCCAGUACAUCUACGAGGAGGCCUUGAAAGGCAACUUCAUCCAGAACAUGGGCCUGACCCUGGUGCAGCAAGAGUUCCUGGGCAGCCGCGAGUACGGCGGCUUCCUGUUCCUGCAGCCCACAUUCCAGUGCUUGAACAAGCUGAGCCUGCCGGAGCCCCCGUACCUGUUCGCCCUACUGCUGCAGAAGUGGGAGGUGCCCUGGGCCAAAGUGUUCCCCAUACGUCUGCUGCUUCGGCUCGGAGCCGAGUAUAGAUAUUACCCGUGCCCGCUGGUGAGCGUGCGCUACAGGAAGCCCGUCUUCUACGAGAUUGGCCACACCAUCAUCAACCUCCUGGCCGACUUCCGCAACUACCAGUACAUGCUGACCCAGAUACGCGGCGUGACCAUCCACAUGGAGAACAAGAAGACGGUGAUCAGCUUCCCCCGCAAUCGAUACGACGACGUGAUGAAGGUGGUGCGCAACAGCAACGAGCACGUGAUGGCCUUGGGCUCGUCGUUCAGCUCGGAGGCCGACUCCCACCUGGUGUGUAUCCAGAACGAGGAGGGCAACUACCAGACGCAGGCCAUCAACAUACAGAACAAGCCCCGGCUAGUGACCGGUGCCAGCUUUGUCGUGUUCAACGGCGCUCUCAAGACGACGUCAGGACUGCGUGCCAAAUCCAGCAUUGUGGAGGACGGACUCAUGAUCCAGGUCCUGCCCGAGGCGUUGUCCGGCGUGAAGGAGGCGCUGAAGGACAUGACGAACCACGUUAUUCUGUGCGGACCCCUGGAGGCGGCCGAGCCCGACGAGGUCGUGGAGCUCAGAUGGGUGGACAACGACAAGAACUUUAGCAACGGCGUGAAGAGCUUCAUCGAUGACUCCUCCCUGGAGGGCGUGGAGAGCAUCAGCGUCAAGUCUCCGCCAGACGUGCUAGGCGACUCUCUGGCCAUACGCUGGACCCGUGUCUACUUCCUGCGGCAGGAGGACUCGAACCCCAGCCACGUGGACCCCCAGGACCUGUCCCGGCUGACGGAGGACAUCGCUCAGGGCUGCUGCAGCGCGCUGGUGGCUCACCUGGAGGAGCUGCGCAAGGACGGGCUGGUCAAGCUGGGUCUGAGGGUCAAGCUCACGCGGGAGGCGGUGGGCUACGAGGUUGGGUCGCGGGGACGCACCCUGCCGGCGUCGAUGAUGAACAACCUGGACACCUUCCUCAUACCCAUCAUUCACCAGGCCUCGGAAGAGGGCAUCGUCAUGGAGCUGGUGUUCAACAUCGUGGACUAAACACGUCGUCCUCCUGUGCUGUGAAGACCCCGAGUUCGGUUCCUAAGUGGGAGAAUUUUUAUAGAGUAACUCAGUCUUUCUGCUGGAAUGUUGUUUACCUCUCAGCCCGAGUUGACCUUGACUGAUAGGCAGGGUUGAAAGCCCGCCUCCUUAAUGAUCUAAAUUGUUUCGACUGGGGAGUUGAAACGAAUACAUUUAAAGCAUUUUCAAACUCCUGUGCUGGGAGGAGUGGUAUAAUGUCGGCUACUAUUGUGCGUUCUACAACCUACGCGCGUUGUACACAGGAGUGCAACACACUUUUGGGACAACACUUUUCCCUCAUGUUUCUGGAGUUCUGUACAUCUCUGAUCUUGUCCCCUGCACUAUGGUGUGACAAUGAGUGCCCUGAGUUCCUGACUGGAUUUUGACUUGGUCCUGUUCGCUGCGAUCCUGUGAGGGCUCGAGGUCUUUCUACAACUAGGUCGUGCCCACACCAUCCCCUCCAUCUACCCAUCCCUCCGCCCCCCCACCCCCCUUACGCAUGCUCAAAAUAUUAACAUGUGCUGCAGAAGCGGUCUUGUCACUGGCUACAUUUAUGUGUGGCCUGAGAAGGGUGGCUGUGAUGUUGUGUGGAGUGUGUGCCGUGAUUGGAUGGAGAGAAGAAGUAAAAUUCGCUCACUCUGAAAAAAUGACACAAGGCAAAAUAGAUGCCAGAACCGUGGCUGUGCACUGGGAAGACUUAACUCUUUCCAUGCACAAUUAUAUUUUUCCACUUGUACGUAACACGUAGAUGUGUAGCUUGGUGUGUGGGGUGCUGUAUGGAGAGUUACCUCACUCAACCCUAGGCCUACAUUUUCGGGUUGUCAGCUCUCCCUUGAGAUUUUUACCACUUUUUGAAAAAUGGAAAAAAAAACCCCAACUAACUAAAUUUUAACAUAUCUUACCCAAAUUUGGUACACAUUUGAUCCAACCCUUUUUUUGUGUGUAUUGAAAAUUUGAAGGCAAAAUAUGCCCUUUUUUUAUGCAAUACUCCAUGGAAAAAGGUCUACAUACACAGUCAAAGAGUAAACAAAAAGGGAAGAAAGGAAGUGUGUUCAAAUUUCGAACCCUCUCACAUGGUUAACGAAUAUAUAGCUUUCUAUGUUCUAAAUUUGGGCUUGCACUUCUGGUCAUAGUCUGUUUCUAACGAAAAAUGGUUACUCUUCCAAAAGGCUAUAGUCUGCUUCACACAAAAGUAGUGUUUUCGGUCCCGAGAGUGAAAUUUUCCAUACCGAUACAGUCGGUGUAAGGGUUAGAGGGUUGUGUGCGCAUACUGAUUUUAUUGGCGUUAGGGCUGGGUGAGUUAAUGUUGUGUGGAAUUUUUCAAUAAGUUUGUCGGUGGAUUUCAUUUUUAGAGACUGAAUUGCUGGUGCUCUACUCUAAAGGUUAAUGGUCAGUGGAUGCUCUGGUGUUGUUUUCUCCAGCUUUACCAUCAGACAUCUGUCUUCCUUAUCUCUCCUUCUACUUUUCUCUGUUCUGUAUAUUACUCUCUAGUAGGACCUGUAAUCUUGAGCACUAAUAUGAGGUAUUUGUGUUACAGGGGCAGGGGAAAAUUCCUAGUUAAGCUAAAACUGGAGUAAGAAUUCUUUUCUUGGGUCUGUUUACAUCAUUUAGAUUGUUGUAGCUCCUGGCAAGAGCCGAAACGAAGAGUUCUUUUUCUGGAUGAUGAGUCUUGAGUGUUGAGUUUUGCCUGUGAGUCAUGAGGGCCACUCAGUAUGAAUUUGCUUUCAAAUAUUGAGAAAAAGUAAUUUUUUUAAAACAAUGAGUGAAGAGUAUUUUCUGUUUCGGUGCUAUUCCUUUUGAUAUGCAACUUACAACCCUAAAAUGGAUUUGUUUUAGAAGAUUUGUAUAUUAUGUUAUCGAGUUCUGAAUUUUUCUUUUAUUUUUAGUUGAUGCUGAGCCAUUACUUUUGUAUUUUUUUUUCUUAUUUUUUUUCUCAACAGAACAGAAGUUACAGUAUGUUGACUAGCAGCUUUUAUAUGUAAGGGAAAUAGUAAUUGGGAAUGAAAAACAUAAGCAGCAUUUAGUGAUUGCGCUUCUUUUUAUCUUUCUUUCCUCUUUCUCAUUAUCAUUUUGUGUCUGUUCCUUCUUCUCUUUUUUGGGGUAUUUGAUUAUUAUUGUUGUUGUGGUGCUACAACAUUAGGAAUCAUUACUUCUCGAAAUAUUGUCAGAAAGUCAGCAAGUAGAUUUAGUGUACCAGUAUUUUUUGUCCUUAUGCAUCUCUGCGGUUUAUGACUCAAUAUUGGUGUUAAUUUUACUUGGGCAUUGCAAGAACUUAGCUUUGUGUUGAGCUGGGUGGUAGAAGAAAUGUUUUGUAAUCUUUUCGACUGAAGUUGCUUUUUCUUAAUGUGCCAGUGGUUGGAGGAUGCCACUGGUAUGUCCUAGUUCUUUGCUUUCCCUGUGUUGUUUCUGCCUGUCACUUUUUCCCAGCCACAAAGCGUCCGAGAGCGUGCCAGUGUGCGUUUUUUGAUGUAUUUAGGAGUUACCAAACAAGACUAAAGCGUACGUUGUUUCAAUACAGAUCUGUGUGUCUGCACAAAAGGUGACACCCCCCCACUACCCCUUUACUUUAUGUUGCUAAUGAUGACAGUGGCUAUCGGGAAAGUCACUAGUCAUUUAUUGGCUUAAAACAUUAUUGAAACACACUUUUAAUUUUUUUUGAAGUUCACAUCUCUAAUUAGUCAUACAAAAUGUAUUCCGUUUUGUACUCUUUCUCUUCGCGUCAGGAAAAAAAAAUCAAA